GUAGUUGUCAAACAAUGCUUCAUUCUUUUCGUGUAAAUUUUGUGCAAAUGAAAAUUCUCUUGAAUAUGAAGCAUAGAAGUUUGUUCACCAUUUAGUUAAAAUCAGUAAUUCGGCGUUUGGAAUUUGUCCAGUGGCACAACGACAUCAUUUAAUACUGCUUGAUUUCAAUUGUCAGUUGAAAGAGACAAUAUAUUGUUCAAUCGAUUUGUUACAUACGCGCGAUAAGUAAAAUCAAGUCAAAAGGACAGCUGAUCAAAGUUUUUUUGUUACUUUGUACCAAUUAAAAAAAAAAACAACAACAAUAAAAAAACAACAUUUGAAGUGAAAUGUUGCGUCCGUCGGCUUUUCAAAACAAUGGUAGUGCGGAGACGGCGUCAUCAUCCAAAUCGAUUCUCAGACCAUCAUCGUUUCAAUUGGCACCGAGCACUUUAUCAACGGCCAAUAAUUCCAAUAACAAAAGUGAAUGCAGCAAUGAACCGAGCACUACUUCACACUCCGAUUCGCCAUUUGAAUUGAAAGAGGAGAAACAAAGUACAAGCACAUCGAAUGAAUCAACAAAAGAAGACGAUUCAAAAAUUUCAAGCACAACCAAUAACGAUGGUGAUAACAAUGGUGAAAACAGUGAUGAAACAAAAGUGAUACCAAAUCCAUUCAACAAUAGUAAAGUAAAGGGUACCGAACACGAUGAGGACGACGAUGAAACCGAUUCAGCAUCAAAACCAAGCGAUGACGAUAAAUCGAAGCAACAACCAACACAAGAGAAAAAACCGGAUUUACUAGAUGGUAGCAAUUUAUUUGCGGCGAAUACGAAAAGUUUAUUUGCGUCUGCCGCAUCAAAAUCACCAUUUUUAGCCGCAAACAAUGGUAGCGAAAGUAGUUUUGUAUUUGGCCAAAAUAUUCAUGAGCGUAUUGUUGGUGUGCCCGACACCAGUGUAUCGAGUGCAUCAUCAAGUGCGGACGAUAAUCACAGUGAUUCGUCCAGUGGUUCAAAAUUAUUUGCUGUGAGCAGUGCAUCAACAAGCGAAGCAACAUCGGCUGGCGGUGGAAGUGGCGGUACCGGUGGUGGUGGCGGUUCAACAAAUGGUGCCGAACCAAAAGAAAGUAGCACCGUUGAAGAUUUAACAAAAGUGGCACGAGAAUAUGAGGAGAGUCGUGCACAAAAACGUAAAUUGGAUGCGGUUGAAACAUUUACGGGCGAAGAGGAUGAAGUGAAUGUGGUUGACAUGAGCUCUAGACUAUUUGCAUUUGUUGCAUCGAAUUAUGAACAACGUGGACCAGGUAGUUUACGUUUGAAUGAUGUAAAAACAGAUGAUGCCAGAUCACGUGUUGUGUUUCGUACGUUGGGCAAUUUUCGUGUAUUGCUCAAUACAAAGGUGUGGGGCGGAAUGAUUGUUGAGAAACCGAGUCAAAAAAGUCUGCGAUUUACGGCCAUCGAUUCAAAUGAUGGUGCGGUGAAGAUAUAUCUAGUGAUGGCACGACCCGAUGAUAUAAACACAUUAUAUUCGGCGCUCAAGAAACGAAUUGAAAUCGAACGAAAACGCGAAAAAACCGAAGAAUCAACAUCAGCAUCAUCAUCAUCUGCGAAUGACGAGGCAAACACGUCAAAAGAUAGCCAUCACGAAACCGACGAACAACCAGAUGCGAAAAAAGAUCGAAAAUCUUAAUUCCAUUCAACUAUAUAUUUCUACGCUGCACCGCAUUUUAAUUCAAAUGAUAAAAAAAAAAACACUUGAAAAUCAUACUAUGUUAUUAUACACGUUGACCACUGAUGUCAACGCAAGAUACAAUGUAUCGAUGAAUAGUAAUAAUAAUUCGUCAACAACAACAAAAACAAAAGAGCAUUGCAAACAAAAGAAGUCCGAAAAAUAUUCGACCAUCAAAUGGGUCAAUUUGCUAGAGCGAUUUUUUCGAACUUCUUUAUCUAAAUUCUACCCAGUGAUGAAUAAAAUCCAUUUUAAAAUGAUACUAUUUAAAUUCUGAAUAAAUUUCAGUGUGUUGUAAGUUGUUGAUGAAAGCAUCGCUUUUUCAAACUUACCGCCAUUCUCAAUUUGAACAAUCGCACCAUUUAUGAAGACACAAAUAAAACAAAAUAAAAAAAAAGUCAAUUCAUAAAUAAAGAAAAUUCAA